AUGAAUACAUUCUCUUCUCUAUGUAAAUGGGUACUUUUUUCUGCGGUAGUAGCGUUUAUUCCUCAUCCAGCAAUUCGAUUUGGUGGUCAAGCUGGAAACAGUGAAUAUUAUUAUUUUACAAUAAUUCAACUUGGUUUUAUUCGAACUCUUGCUCAAUUUUUUAUUGAUGCUAAAACUCGAGAUGGAAGUGGAAUUAACACUGAAGAUUUUAAAAAAGAACAUACUAUCGAUGAACUUUAUCAAUUAGCUCAUCCUGAUUGGACGGAAGACAAAGUAAAACUAUAUUCUUAUCCAUUGAAAAGUAUUAUUGAUAAGAUUCAAGUGAGAGAUGCUCUCGUUGAUUUAAAUCCAUCAACAAAAGAUUUACCAUCAGCUCAUUUUGAUAGUGAAUCAUUUAAUGAAAGCAAUCAUCGAAUAAUGAGAUUGAGAAAGAAAGUUAUCGAAGAUGCAAGUGAUCCAAAUAAUGAUUUAGAUGCAGCACGUGGAAAAAUUGGAGAUUUACUUCAUACACUUCAAGAUUUUUAUUCUCAUUCAAAUUGGGUUGAAAUGGGUAAAACAGAAAUAAAUCCUCAUAUUGGUAUUCAAGAAAA